AUGCCUUUCAACACAGCCUUGACACGAAAGCUCGGAAUCCGAGUUCCCGUCGUGCAGGGUGGUAUGCAAUGGGUUGGAUACGCCGAGCUGGCCUCGGCUGUUAGCAACGCAGGCGGACUCGGACUUCUCACAGCUUUGACCCAACCAACUCCCGAAGACCUCCGCAAAGAAAUUCGCAGAUGCCGCACCAUGACCAAGUACCCCUUCGGUGUGAACCUGACCCUCCUCCCCGCCAUGGUCCCACCUGACUACGGUGCCUACGCCCAGGUGAUCAUCGAUGAAGGUAUCAAGAUCGUGGAGACAGCCGGUAACAACCCGGGGCCUGUGAUCACGCAAUUAAAGAAAGCUGGCACGAUCAUCUUGCACAAGUGCACGACGAUCCGCCAUGCCAAGUCCGCCGUCAAGUUGGGCGUCGACUUCCUCUCCAUUGAUGGCUUUGAGUGUGCCGGCCACGUCGGCGAGCACGAUAUCACCAACUUUAUUCUUCUCAGCCGUGCUCGCCAGGAGCUCGGCGUGCCGUUUAUCGCUUCCGGUGGAUUCGCUGAUGGCCAGGGCCUUGCUGCUGCUUUGGCACUUGGUGCUGAGGGUAUCAACAUGGGCACCCGCUUCAUGAGCACUGUUGAGGCUCCCAUCCACCAGAAGGUGAAGGAGGCUAUUGUUAACGCACAAGAGACUGAUACCGCUCUUGUGCUGCGUCGCUGGAAGAACACUUCCCGCUUGUUUGCUAACAAGGUGACUCAAGACGCACUGAAGAUCGAGAAGGAGAGCACAACUGGUGACUUCAGCGAGAUCGGUCCUUAUGUUAGUGGUCAGCGGGGCCGUCAGGUCUUUAUCAACGGAGAUGUUGAUUACGGCGUGUGGACUGCUGGUCAGGUCAUCGGAUUGAUUCACGACAUCCCAACUUGUGCUGACCUGCUUACUCGCAUCGAGAAGGAGGCCGUCGAGGCAAUGAGCCGAACCAAGUCUCUGUACAGCGACGCCCCUGCCAGCAAGCUUUGA